AGACUUCCACUUCCGGAACUUUCGUGAACUAAAGCAGAAUUGGCGGAAAGUCGAUAUUUUCUUAACAUUUUGGCUUUACGCUUAAAGUAAAUUUUACUAAGCAUACUAACAGGAGAAGUAGUGCAAGAACAUAAUAAAGUCUAUUCUGAUAGCACAAAUCACACUUGUGUUGUAAUCUAUAACCGACAAAAUAUCAAAAAUAAUGAUCGUGCUCGAUUUCAAACAAUAACAAGUUACGUUCAUUUGCCAUGUUACGAGUUUUGGAUUGCUUUAUUGCUGGUGAUAUAACAGCUAAUGUUGUUAUAGAAUGGUUAAAGAGUGGUGAUAAGCAAAUUUUCGAAAAGGUGCCAGAAAUUAAUGAAAAAAGUAAUAGGGGAGAAUUCAUAGAAAUUUUCCUUGACUUUCUGCGUUAUCAAACGGCAAAAGCUUUAGAGUCAUUAGAAUCUGUCAAUCCGUCGCCGAUUAAACCAACCAAAACAUUCAUACAUUCGACUAGGAGUCUUGAUAAUAAAGAUAUAAGACCGAGGAAGCCUUCUGCAAGAAGAGGAAAGUUAUUUUCUGAUGUUGCAGCGUCAAAUGACAGUGAAUCAAAGUUUGGCGAAAACUCAAAGUAUACAAUAAGGAAGAGAAGUGGUUUAAAGAAUACAAUGUUGAUAGGAGAUUUCCUAAAUCUAGAAAAUAGAAUAAAGGGAAACCAAGCGAAGGUCAAAGAAGAAAAUACUUUUACUGAUAAGCAGACGCAGGAUCAUGAUGGAUUGAGUAUGAAAACGCCUACAAAACAAUUUGUAAGCCCAAAAUCAAGUACUCCACGAAAUCCUCGCAGAAUUAUUCCUACUCCAGUUAAAGCCAAUUUAAGUCCAAUUCUAAAUCAAUGUGGGAACAUUUCUAAUAAGUCAUUCUCUCCUGUAGCAUCAGGACAAGUUGGAAAUAUUUCGUCAAUUAGCGGUAGUACAUUUAAUACACCAUUUAAAAGCAGCAAUACCUCUAUGACAGAAAACGAACGAGACAAUUCUAGUAGCUUUGAUAUAGCUGAUGAUAAGUUGGUUGAAAAUGAUACUCAAAAAAAUAUACAAACUCCAGUUGUAAUUGAUUUGAAAUUGGUUACAUUUAAAGAAAUAUUGGAGAGAUUUUCAGAUCUAUAUUCGGCAAUUAUAUUAGAAUUUUUAGUCCCAAGUAUACUGACCGAAAUUUAUUUCACAAUACAAUUAUUGACUGUAAAGCAUGUAAAUGAAGUGUCAAAUAGCCGAAAAAGGGAAAUAUGUUAUUUCAAUUCCAGUCAUAAUUGUGUAUUCUUCGCUCUGGAAACGUUAAAAAAAAUAUAUAGUUUUUUAGAAUUUUAUGAUAAGCAAUUCGUAAAUCUUUUGGCAAAAAAUCAACGAAUAGUUGAAUCGAGUCCAGAAUUUUCCAAACUUCUACAGAGUAUUAGUGAAAAAUGCGCCGGCAUGAUGAAUCUUACAGAACAAAAAGCUUUCUUCAGUGUUGCAUUUCAAGCUGAUACUGAUAAUCAACAAAAUUUCCCGACUACUUCACAUUUUCACUUGUUCAAAAAUCAUAGAGAUAGCUUCUAUUCGUUUUUACGAGAAUGGAAGAAUCAGCAUACUCGAAAUGAUUGGGCUGUAGGAACGGCAAUGGGAAAUCGCAUUUUUACAUUAGUUUCUUCACUUAGCGAUUCGACCGUCUGUUAUCAUUUUUGUAGACUAUUUGUUUGUCAAUUACUACAAAUGAGCGAUGGGGAUAUCGAAAAUGACAAUGAACAACAAAUGCUAGCUGAAAAUCUAAAGACAAAUGUUGAAAAGUUAAGACGUUUACAAGAGAGAUUAGUCAAGCCGGCAAAGAUUAAUGGACCUGCUCCCCCACCCUCAUUUCCAGGCUUCCAGCUAUUCUUUAAAGAGUUUAUUAUUUACGGUAGCCACGCAGCAUUCCAUAAUCAAUUAGAGCUAUUUCUUUGCUCAAAACUUCAGGAAUUCACAAUAGAAUCGGAAAAAUGUACUGAUAUACAUGUACUUAGAAAACUAUUACAAACAUCGCAAUUAUUGGCUAAAUAUAUUGGAUUUAUUCAUUUUUUCCCAUUAUCUGGCUCUACGAUACCCGAUAAAGUUUUACCUUCAAUUCUUAAAAUGAGAUCAAACAUUUCACCUCCUCACUUGAAUUUAAAAACAAUAUUAAAAUCAUCAUGCACAACAGGAAAUCUAUUAUAUAAUGUUACUUGGAUUACAACCUAUUUGGCUAUGGCUGAUGUAUAUGCAUUUAAAGUACAAUAUACUAUCGAUCUAUGCAUUCUUCUUCUGGCUGUAUUUAGAGAAUGUAUAAAAGAGUUGAAAAACGAUAAAAACUCGGAAAAAUUUCUUAUUGUCACAUGUUUAUCGUGGUUCUUUCAGCAACCUUUCUUUCCCCGUCAUUUGCUUUAUUCGAAUUUAUGCGAAAAGAAAAGAAAUGACAAGAUAGUUAUUAAAUCUUCUCGAUACGCUGGUAAAAGAUUAAAUGUGUCUUUCUUCCAUCAAACAUUUCCAUUUAUAGCCGAAUUGUCUGCUUUGCUCUUGUCGUUUUCUGAGGGAACGUGUAAUACUCGUGGUAAACAUAGAAAAAUAACGCCAUUAUCUUAUCAGAAUACUGGUAUUGAAGUUAAACGUCUUGAAACUACCUCGUUACAGAAUGAGUUAGAAGAUAGCUUUUUCAAUAAUCAACCUGCAUCGUUGAAAAAAACAACAAUCUUCGUUGCGGAGAGAUUAGCAUCAAAUACUAUAAAAACUUUUAAAUUAAGUCAAUUUGAGGAGAUAUUAAAAGAAUGUUACGAGUUUGGUAGAAAUAGCGCUGUAGAAGACAAUCACGAUAGAUUAAUAUCAACUUUAAGAUUAAGUAAGAAAAUGCAGGAAAAAGCACAACAAUUAUCUAGAGAUUGCCAACAUAACGUGUCGAAGAAGGCUGAAAUGUUGACAGAUCAGCAGGCUUAUAACAUUCUUAAGGCUUUACUGCACGAUUCUACAAAUGAUCAAAUUAUUGUGGUUGCAAGUAGAAUAUGCAAGAGAAUGUCCAUAAGUAAAGUUCAAACUUGGAUGGAACAAUACGUUAAUUCAGAUACACUAUUCAAGGAAAUAAGCUCUCAUUAUGAAAAAAUUGUAUCUAAACCGCAAAAUCAUAAUUUAAUGGACGAAACAAAGAUUGAAGAAGAUAGUUUAAAAAAUCUUGAUGAUCUUAAUUGUAAAAUUAAUGAAGCUGAUGAUGGAUUUUUCUUACCAUCUAAAGUUCUUAAUUCUUUUUUGGAUUUGUUACAAUUAAGUGUAAUUUCAACAACAAGCCCGAAUAUAAACUCAAUUAAACAAACAAUAUCGCAAGCCAUUUAUCUUAUACAAGAAAAUGAGAACGAACUUAUUGUCGAUUGGGACAAAGCUCUUAUGUCGUGUAGUUUAGAAUUGGCUGUACAAUUAGCCAUUAGCUAUCCUCAUACUUGGAGUGAAGAAGUACAGAUGUUGUUUAUAUUUUUAUGGAGUAGAAGCUAUUUGAAAAAAUGUAGAAGUUCAUAUCUUCAAGGUAUACUUAGUCCGAAAAAUGUAUUACUCUUUGAAGAAACUCUAGAUAUAGAAGUUUCUUGGGAGAAUUUCGAAGCCUUGUUAAAACGCCUUUUGUGGCAUAAUUUUAUCAAUAAAACAACCUUACAAAGGAUUCUUCAAAAUUCCAUUACAAAUGUUAAGAACGAGAAACUUGUUCAAAAGCUACAAACAUUACAUUGUUGGAAUGAGGAAAAUAGCCCUUCGUAAGGAAACAAUUAUAAUAUAUUUUCCAUUUCAACAGUUGAAAAACUUGUUAAAGAAAAGCCUAAGAGAUUAUAUUUAUAUUAUUAUUUUCAUUCUCUACAGUCUAUCUUCUUAACACUUCAAACUUUGACAAUGAAAUAAUAUAAACUAUUACAGUUUUAUAAAAUGUUUGUCAUUUAUUUCUGUUAUUUAUUUAUACAUUAUUCUUCUACUGUUUAUUCUAAAAUUAUAAGAAUAAAUACUUGUAAUACUACAAAUUGUAAUGCUAUUGAAUACUAAAUAAUAGAUAGUUAUGACUACGUAAUUUGUAUUUAGACUACGUGAUGACGUAGAAUUGUCAAUACUAUCGGAAGAGGAAGCUAUUUGGGGAUAUUUUUCCUUAUCUUUUAAAGUAAAAUCUCUACUGUACGCAAAAUCAACUAGAAUGUUUCCGACUAUUACAAACAUCACCGAUAAAUAUCAAAGAAACCUUCAACUAGGCUCAUUUGAUAUACGAUACUAGAAUAAAAGAAUCAGAUCUUUUUCGACGUUCUACUAACAUAACCUCUUUUGAUAAGCUGUUUAGAAAGAAAAGAUGUUUUUUUUAUUAUCUAUGUAUACAAUUUCUAUAAUUUUGCCAACAAGGUUUCCAUUCUUGUGAAGUUUUUUGUAAUUUCUUUUCUUGUCUUAUU